ACAGAAGUGUCUCAGCACUCCUAGCUCCGCAGAGUCAGACUCGGUCACACACAGGCACAGCUGACUGCUGCGAGCUGCAUCUACAGACAACUCACUCAGCUGUGGUCAGUCUGUGGUUUAUAAUUAGAGUGCGCCUUCUAUCCACUCACACAUUGUACGAGGAAUUAAGUCCAGGAGUACACUGCUUCAUUUGAGCAGCUUUUGAAGUUUUGGGCAAGCCUAGGGCCCGCUUAAAGAGAUUCUGUGCAUGAUAUAGAUGAUUUAACAUAUAAUCGAUUUUCUUGGUGCUCAAGUGAUUGUAAGUCAGUGCGAUGCACUUGAUGAUGGAGUCUGAAAGCGAAAAGAUGGAGUGUUAUGCAGUGUAUUCACCUACGAGCCUGCCAGUUCCUGUGACUCUAAGCUCAGCACUUCUCCUCCCUUCUCCAUUUCCUGAAAUGGUGGCAGUGUUUGUUAUCUCUUCAAAAUCAACGCAUGAAGGUCUAUCCCUAAAGGCAACAAUUGUAAAUCAUGCCAAUACGGCAGAGAGUUUUGAUCUGGGAUCAAUCACACAGGAUAGCAGAGCAUUCUGCUGGCAACCACACCAAGCCAAAGACUUCACCAUUCCACUGGAAGAACACAGCUACCACCUUCACCUUGAUACAGCCAAACAGGAAGCCGGUCAGAGAAUCAAUCAGGAGGAAACCGAGAUGGAGUCUUCACAGACGGAUUCUCAAGACAUUACAGAAUCUCAGGACAUUCCAGAAUCGGAGGAAGUCACAGACUCACAACCAGAAGCAGAGAGAUUGUGUUCUAUGAUGGCAACAUCUUCGAGUCCUUUCGUUGAAAGAUCAUUAAAAGACCCCAAACAAAAUGAGGAGACUCCCCAGCUCCAAGUUCAAGGAACUCCACACCGCCCUCCUCACCUCUCCCACUCGGCUAGCAAAAAAAGGAAAACAAAACAUGGAGAGGACAGCGAUGUGGGCACCCCACCUAGCACCAGGAAGCGACAGUCGUCAAGGCAGAGGCCAUUACCACCCAUGUCAUCACCACUAUCGUCUAAAGUCGACAAACAAAAUUCAGCAAACCCAAAACGUCCUCAGCAUCCAGGAGUGAAGAAAGAAAGUGAUACAGAGCCUAGUUCCCGAUGGGGUCAUACCCUGUGUAACAUAGGCAACCACAAGUGCUUGUUGAUUGGUGGUCAAGGGCACAGACAGACCAUCAGCAGGGAUGCCAUAUGGAUGCUCAAUACAGAAACUGGUGGCUGGACUGUGCCAGAGAUAGAAUCAUCCUCUGACAAGUUUCCCUCCCGCAUGGGUCACACUGCGACCUUUGACCGUGACCUUAACAGUGUUUUUGUUUUCGGGGGAUCCAAGAACCUUCGAUGGUUCAGUGACAUGCACAUCUUGGACCUUGCAACGAUGAAGUGGUCACUUGUUGAGGCUGCUGGUGAAGCCCCUACCAGAGCAUAUCACUCUGCAACGUUCUUCCGCAAGGAGCUCUAUGUCUUUGGUGGUGUGUAUCCUAAUCCUGACCCACAGCCUGAUGGAUGCAGCAAUGAUGUUGUCAUCUUCAAUCCAGAAUCAAAGAGUUGGUAUAAACCGGUAACCAUGGGAACCAAACCUAAACCGAGAUCAGGCCAUUCUGCCACACUUCUUGGAGAUCAGUUGGUUAUCUUUGGAGGCUGGGAUGCUCCUAUAUGCUACAAUGAUCUUCAUAUAUUGGACCUCUGUCUAAUGGAAUUUACAUCUCCAAAGAUGAUUGGCACACCACCUUCCCCAAGGAGUUGGCAUGCCUCCAUUGCUUUACCUGGUAAUAAGGUUCUUAUUCAUGGAGGAUACAAUGGAAAUGAAGCCUUAUCUGAUUCAUUCAUCUUUCACCUCGAUACCUGUACUUGGAGCGAGGUGAAGCUGCAUUCUGGCAUGCCAGUAGGGAUCAGAGCAGGCCAUGCCAUUACAUGUUACCAUGGUAACAGGACUGCAUCAAAAGAUGAAAAGGAAAACCAUGUGCCCAUGGUGGAGUCUCUUGCUAUCUUUGGUGGGGGUGAUAAUGAGGAUAAUUUCUUUGGUGAUCUGGUCCCAUUCAGCUGGACAUAUUCAAAUUUCUUAGAUUUCUAAAAUCUUUGUUGUCUACCUUUCAGGUUUAUUUCACUGUUAACUGCUUGUUCUUUCUUUCUUUUUAUUUUUUGAUCAUCUGAAAUGUCACUCUCUUUGGUUACCAUUGUUAUGUGUAUUGAUUUUUCCUUGUCUGUCACAUUCCAUUAAGUGUUUUGUUAUUCUUUUGAGUCAUGGGUGGUUUCCUUAUUCAUUGUGCAUUUGUGUAUUAUUUGCACAUUUGUGCAUUUGUAUAUUAUUUGCUGGUGUUUCUAUUAGAUAUCUCUUGAUUUUUCAGUUAGUCCUGUCAUCUGGGCCCUAUAUGUAUAAAACUUUAAUCAAGGUAGCUUCACUAGUUACUGUUCGUUAUUAGUAAAGUAUUUUCCUGGGAAAACCUUGAUUUUUUAUUGGCUGUUUAGUCAUUGGCACUAUUCUACUAUUUGUGCCUUAAGAAGCCUUUCUUUCAUGGAUUUGGGUCUAGAAAAAUUGAAUGCUUAUCUUUGGGCUGGAAAACAAAAAAACUCAGAUGAUUUGUAGGUUUGAUUGCACACAAUGACAAAUGUUAUCAAGCAUAAAAGGUAACUCUACUAUCAAGUGCUAAGCGAUAUGGAACAGGCUCUGAAUAGUGGAUUACCAUCAGUUGGAUUUAGGUAUACUGCCCUAUACUGUUCACUUUAUGCUGAUGUGUCAAUUACCAUGUCCCACAAUGCAUCAUUGAAUGGAUGACACAACCUCGAUGUGGUUAAUAUUGACCUGAAAAAAAAGUGCUGUAUACAUCUAUGACUUCAUUGAGAGACGCAAGGAGGCAUCACAGUUGUGAUGUUCCAUAUGAGUAAAAUAACCUGCCUAUAAAGUGUGAAAUGGUAGCUACUUUUGAAAAUGAUCAAUGAUCAUCAUAUUGAAACAGAUUCAUGAAUAUUCAAUACUUUGAUCAGUAUAUACUCAGGCAUUGACUAAUUGUUUUAUGGUGGUGUGUGUUUUUAACUCAUUAUGUGUGUUGUCAUUAUGUAAUAUGUACAUAUGUUUUGUGAUUAGAUUAAUAUAUCUAUUCAACCAAUUGUUCCAUGAUAGUGAUUAUUACAUGAUACUUUACAAAUCAAAUGUAAACCUUGGUAUAUUUUUUAUAAACUCCCCAAACUUUGUCAUCAGAAAUUCAUGCUUGCACCCGUUGCAUACGCAGGGUUUCAUAAAGCUGUUAGUAAGUUACUCAUAUAGUGAUCUUUUCUUAUGCUAAAUGAUGUACCCUAAACGCUUGGUCCCACUUCACUUACGGAUGCAAAGCAAA